AUGGCAUUAACUACAAUUAGAAAAAGUGACCAUCACUACUGUUCAAAUGAAAAUAAUAAAGCAGGAUUAUUUUUUGAAACAGGUAGGAACAAUGUUGAUAAAGUUGUUGAGUAUUUUUGGGGGUAUUUGGAAAGUGAAUUAUCUGUUGAGAGAAAUUCGGGGGUUUACAUACUUUUAAAAUCAGCAUUGUUUUCAUUAUCAAAAGUUGUUUCAGAAAGCCUUGCAAUAAACUCUCCAGAACUAAUUACAGAAAUCACCGCAGCAAGAGAAAUUUUAAUGUUGAGCUUAAGUAAUGAAAAAGUUUUAUACAGGCUUGUUUCUGAGUAUGGAACAACGAACAUUUCAAUUGCCCCAAUAUGUAGAAUUUUUGAAUCCAAAAUAUUGAGGCUACUAUUCGAAAGUUGCGAUUCGGAUGAAUCGCAAGUUGUAUUUUUGAAAGGUAUAAUAACCGAAAAAACAAAUAACUUUGUUAAUAAAAUAGUUUUUGGAAUACAAAAGAUGGUUAACUUAUCACUAUCCAUAUUUGUCAAGGACAGAAUGACCAUAUUAACAUUUGGAUAUAGCGAAAUUGUUGAAAUGGUACUCGAAAAUGCAUGGAUAAAUUUUGAUAAACACUAUAAUUUAUUAGUUGUUAUACCAAGCGAAGCAAAACAAGCAAAUAUCGAAUCUUCAGUACGAAAUGGCUUAUAUUCAUACCAUUACAAGAAGGUAAAUGAAUGGAAAAACAGACUGAUUAACAAAGGGGUUAGUAUUACUAUAUUAUCUAUGGAUACAAUUUAUAAUGCAAUGAAUAUUGUAGACUUUGUAUUAUUGAAUGUAGAGUGUGUACUUGAAAAUGGAUCAGCUAUUGCGAUUUCCGGGACUGCGACAAUAUCUUCUAUUGCCAAAAGAAUUUUCAAUAAGCCAGUCUAUAUUGUUACUCACGCGACAAAGUUCACAAAUUUAUUGCCUUUUAAUAUGAAUAUAAAUAAUAUUUUAUCUGAUAUUACGUACCAGAAUCAUCAGCUAAACAGUAGCCCAAUUACUUCUAUUGUAGAUAUAUCAGAAAACUCUUAUAUUUCAAUGAUAUUUACAGAUAUUGGUGCAAUGACACCUCAAAACGUUUCAUUAGAAACUAGGCAAUUCAUUUAA